AUGAAGGAUGGAGAUUCGGACAGAAGCGGAAAAGUUCAGAAUCCCGACAUACCGGAUGACGGGAAACAGCUACAGCAAGCAUCUGAAGAUCCAGGAAGUUUUCUUAUCCUUUGCACUAUUAAUAAUGAAUAUUUUUCGAGUGCAUUAGCUGAUUUAGGGUCAAGUAUUAAUGUUAUGCCUACUGUGAUUUAUGAGAGACUUGACCUCUGUCGACCAUUUCUGCAUAUUGCGGAUGCAACCAUCCAUGUUCUUCAACGGGAAAUAUCAUUAUCCGAUGGUAGAAAUAGGAUUAGAGUGUCUGACCUUGAGGAAGAAGUUGAAUUGACCAAAGAGGAGUGCCUUAGAAUGGAAAUAAGUUAUGAUGAUCAAAACCCCCGUGAACAAGUAGGACUUAAUGACGAUGCCUUAGAUGAAAGCAUAAGAAUAAAAUAA